AGCGACGAGAUCUCGCACCGCAGCAGACGCUUGUUCUUCAGGAGCAGUGCUGACACUCAGAAUAACUUCAUACAUUUACUCAGCACUUCUGACAUGAGAACAAACUCAUCUGAGAAUCACAGAGUUCUUGUAAACUGACAUGGACAUUAAAGACUCAGCAAAAGAAACAGACGUUUGGAAGGAGCAUGACUGUGAAGUUCCAAAGUGACCAUCUGAAAACACCUGGAGCUUCUAGAACAUCAAGUGUGUGUGUGUUGUUCAGGAUCGGGCUGCUCGUUGUGAAAAAUAAAGCUCACUAAAUACUGGACAGAAAGAGGAACCUAAUGUGAGGAGUAACAGCCGAUGUUUAAAAGAGGGAAACGUGAAGGAAAUCUUUUGCAGAAGACCUAACAGAAAUCUGCAGAGCUCUGCAUGAGGAGGGAUGAGAAGAAGCUGAGGACGUCAGGAGUCUCAGGUCAUGAUGGAGAAGAACGAGCCGCCCAUCUCUCCGUCUGUCCUGCAGCCCGUCAGUCCAGCUCGCUCGAGUUCCCCCGAUGCUAACGUGGUUCGAGAUGCAGUUGAACCCGAGACGGACCCCCGCCAGAGCCCCCCCGCCGCCUCCUCGCCGUCCCUCCCGCCCAACAUCCCAGUCAUCAGCCUGGCUCACAGCAAACCGCCGCUGCCUCGGCUCUCCAUGCUGCGCCUGUCCCUGCUGCCUCCGGCCCUCCUGCAGACGCACCCCUUCAUCAGCAGCUCUGUCCUCGGACCGUCGGGAAGCUUUGGGAUCUUCGGGAACGCUCGUAUGAAGAGACGCCCGUCCACACACUUCGAACUGGAGCUCAGUGACGGUCCUCCUCAGAAGUUGGCUCGGAGUGUCUUCACGAACAGCCGCGAGCGCUGGCGGCAGCAGAACGUGAACGGAGCUUUCUCCGAGCUCCGCACACUCAUCCCGACCCACCCUCCUGACAAGAAGCUCAGCAAGAACGAGAUCCUGCGCCUGGCCAUGAAGUACAUCAGCUUCCUGGUGCAGCUGCUGAAGGACCAGAGCAGCGGUCAGUGUGAGAACAGAGGCUCCACGGCCUCCUCGGGCUCCAGCUGUUACGGUGACACGGACAGCGAGGACAGCACGGGGACCUGCGGCAUCCAGACCAAACACAGCGGAGACAUCACGGAGGAGGUCCAGGAACAGAUACUGAUGGUCACUGCGAGCAGCUACCAGCGCUGACCACCUCAAACUCACACGCUAGAGAAACCUUCAACCAGGGUUGCCAGGUUUUCACAACAAAACCCACCCAAUUGCUACUCAAGACUAGCCCAAUCGUGUUUCGGGGGUAAAAUGCGUGGUUUAUUGCGGGGCUCCCCUGGUGAAAUUAGCAUUUUAGCGGCUAAAUAUCACGUUAUUGUGGUCGCUUAAACCUGCGGAUAUGAACCCCCCUGUGGAAACAGCGUUAGAGUAGCCCAGUUUUGCAGGAAAACCACAGACUUGGCAACACUGUGUUCAACCCUCGACGCAUAGAAACUGUGGAGAGAUGGCUGAAACUCAUGUUUGGUGUCUCGUGAUCCUUCAUGUCUGCCACUUCUCCAUUUCAUUUCCUCACUGCCAAAAAAGGCUUAUCUUAGUAUUUCUAUCUUGUUUCUAGUCAAAAUAUCUAAAAAUGCUUAAAUCAGGAUGCAUUUACUAGAUGAAUUAAGUGCAUUAUUUUGCUUAUGUCACUGGCAGAUAAUUUUACUCAUUUGAAGCAAAAAUGCAGUUUUUUUCUCCUGGAAACAAGGCUAAAUAUUUUGCAUCAUUUUCCUUAUCUAGUAAAUGCAUCUUGAUUUAAGCAUUUUUAGAUAUUUUGACUAGAAACAAGACAGAAAUACUAAGAUAAGCCUGUUUUUGCAGUGAUCUCACUGAUGUUUGAAGGAGCUGUGUGUGAUCGUGGGAACCUCAAACUUCACAUCUGUGAGGGUCAGACUGGAUUAUAAUAACGUGUUGAUCUUUUGAAAGCAUCAGGAUGAACAGAGAGCGGCUGAGGAUGCGCUGGUUCAGUGUUCACACAUCAUCUUCUGUCUUCUGUCCCGUGCACGUCUUCAGGAGGAUCAUACAUGAGCUCAGUCUGAGCUAGUAAAUGUUUGGUGAUGUGAAGCUGUAAUUAUGUGGCUUGUGUUCAACUGAUUUUGGUCUGAAUAAAUUAAACAUGAUAAUUUGAGAGUUUUCUCUCAUUUUCACCUCCUAAUGAGGUGCACUAGUGCAACACAAUGAAGAACACUGCAUGUGUCGGCGAUCCACAGAGGAUGAUGGGAAAUGUAGUUUUGUAGUUUAUGAACUGGAUAAGGCCUUGUCCACACUAAUAUGUUUUCGUUUGAAAAUAAUCUUUUUCUCCUUGUGUUGGCCUCAUGUCCACACUGAGAUGGUGUUUUUGUCAAGGAAAAUGGAGCUUUCUGAAAAUGCGGAAAACCUUUCAUGCUCUGUAUAAAAAACAAAACAAUACAAAACAAAACCAUUCGAAUUGUAUGAAGUAGCUCAGUUGUCAAAUGUAAAUGUUAAUUUUUUUUAUUAUUAAGCAUGUUGUG